CGUGAAACACAAAGCACCGCGCCAGCGGCGAUUUGAAGCUCUUACUGAGACCUCCGAGGGAAGAGAAUGCUCUCGUGCCUCUCUCAACGUUGAGCACUUGGAUGUCACCUUGCUAUGCGCCUUCGCAUACCAUCCUGCGCGCGGUCGGCCAACAGUGUACUGCUCCAUUUCAGUAGAAUGAUGAUGACAAAUAUUCGAUAAUCAUGAUGACAGCUGUGUUGAUGGUAAGGUACACACACACGUAAUCACGCAAACUAUAAUUGCCUCCGAACCAGUCCAGUUCUUCACUCCUGUACUAAAGAAACUCCAGGGCAGAGCGCUGACACCACGUUCUCAUGAAUGUUUCCGAGGUAGUUGCAGCUUUGCUGCUCUCCGUGCUGAUUUUCCCGACUGUGAUUAUCGCUGGAAAGACCACGGAUAAUGGGCCUACCGCGAAUUUCUUAAGAUCAGAUCCUUAUAAACUCCAGGACUACGAAGAAAGAGGGAAAAUGCCUCGCCUUGCGGACGUCGGAGAAAAGAUCAAUUCAAUUGUGAAAUCGACACAACAAAAGAUUUGGCUCACGUACGGAAGACCGGCAGAAGACCUGUUAAGCAGGAUGACGUCGGUGUUAAAGGAAGACAACCCGUUGGCAAACUCCAAGCUUCAGGUUUGGCUUAAACAUGUUGAUGAUUUAAAUCAAAAGCACCCACGUGAAGCAAAAUCUGCGGCCUCGAUGCUUACCGCUCACUACGGAGACAAUCAGUACGGCAACUCUCUGCUUUCAACAAAGCUUAAUGCCGCCAUGGAGAAUGAACACACGAAAGUAUUUGCGCUUAAGUUACAGGCCCAGCGGUUGGAGGAUUGGGGGCGCAAGAAUACUGCUCCUUUGGCCGUCUUCGACAUGCUACUGCUGAGGAACCAUGAUGUUUUAAAGAAUCCACUCUUGAUCUCCUGGUUCAAGUAUGUGGAAGAUUUUAAUGCACGCAACCCCGUUGAUAAAAUGACACUUAUCAGCACACUAUCCCUUGGAUUUGGUACUAGCGAUAGAGGCCUGGUGGAAGUGCUGGAGGCCGGACUGAAUGCCGGUGGAACGAAGGACAUUGCCACCAAACUGAAAACCCAGCUAUUUGCAGAGUGGGAAGCAAAGAAAUUGACUCCCGAUCUUGUAUUUGAUUCUACUCUGCGCCUAAAACAGGGCUACACGGACUCAAAUGCUCCAGGUCUUUCGGAUCCGAUACUAAAGUUUUGGAUCAGGUAUAUGGAAUGGUUUAAUCUGAAGCACCCCCACAAACAGAAAACAACACUGUUUGAUACGCUCCGAAACCAUUUCGACUAUGAUGCCAUCGUAAGAAUGCUUGUCGACGCCAAGUUGGACCCAGCCUCAAAAGCCUCGGCAAGAGACUUGGAAUCACUGUUGUUUGCUAAGUGGCUUGAUGGCAAGUUGACCCCGCAGGACAUCGCUCGUUGGUUGCGCGCGGAUAGAUCAGACGCAAUGUUUGAUGAGUACAAGAGAUUGUUCGAGAUGAAAUGGCCAAAUGGUGUUUAGCCGCAUGAAGCUUAGAAAUUUUCGCCCCUAGAAAGGAAUCUUUGACCUCAGUAUCAAUUUGUGCAUGAAUAUUGGUCUUGGUUGCUAGUGUUAUGCUAGCGGAGAAACCAAAAGUACCUCAUCGCGCAGCUUCAUUUGACCACUUCUUCUUGAAAUAUCUCGUGUAUUUUUCCAAGAUCUCGCCAGAGUCACCCGCUAAUGCCCAGUUGAUGUCGGUCGUAGGUUUUCUCUUCUCCUUAAGC